AUGAUUUCGGAAUUAAAAAAAGUAUCACUUGACGCCCUUCAACUUCAACCAGCUCCACCAACUAAUUCAUUAGCAGCACCGGAAAAUAUCGAAAAAACAUUCGACAAAUUGUCGGAAUUAAAAAUUAUUAAGGAGCAAGCUGAAGGAAAACUUCCAUCAGCAGAUAAUGAUAAACAAAAACAACAACUUCAGUUAGAAAUUAAAAUACCAGGAAAUUUAUUAGAAUAUGUUCAAAUUAGUUUUGGUGGUAAAGUUGAUUACCCUUUUGUUGAUAUGGAAUACUCUUGUGUGGCAAAUUAUUUAAAUAUGGAAAUAAGUUGGGAUGCUGGUUUCGGAACUUUAGUUAUAGCGAAAAUGGAGGUACGGCAAUUGGAACGAUUAAAGAAUAAUUCAGAGGAAAAUAGUCGGUCAUCGGAUAUAUCAGAAGAUCAACAAGCACAAAACAGACUCGAGGUGGAAAUUACAGAAAAAUUCAUCCAAUAUGUCCGGAUAUACUAUAAUGAAAAAAUCGAUGAAUCUAUACAUGCAUUAAGUAUAGAAACGGUUGGUCCAGUUUCAUCAACUGCACCACUUGCUGAACAUAUGGAAGAGACAAUAGAUAAAGUCCUCCAACAAUAG